GUCAUGGCGCCGGAAGGACGCCGGGUGGCGUUGCCGUCGCGUUCAGAGCUGGUCUGCCGUGUCUGGGUGCUGAUGAUGGUCGUAGCGGUGGCUGCUCUGGGGAGCGCGAGCGGGAGCGGGAGCUCGGGUUCAGCAGCUUCAAGCUGCGACCUGUUCCAGGGGAGGUGGGUGGCGGACGAGUCGUACCCUCUGUACAAUGCGUCGAACUGCCCAUUCGUACCGGACGUGUUCGACUGCCGCCGCAACGGCCGCCCCGACACCGCCUACCUCAAGUUCCGGUGGAGCCCCUCCGGCUGCAGCCUGCCCAGGUUUGACGGCGUGGAUUUCCUGAGGAGAUGGCGCGGGAAGACGAUCAUGUUCGUGGGGGACUCGCUGAGCAUGAACCAGUGGGUCUCCCUCGCCUGCAUGCUCGACGCCGCAGCCCCGGCACACGGUCGCACAACCUUCGCCACCGGCGAGCCCGUCUCGUCAGUGCGCUUCGAGGACUACGACUUGUUGCUGGUGCUCUACCACACCACGUUCCUGGUGGACAUCGUGCAGGAGGACAUCGGCCGGGUGCUCAAGCUCGACUCCAUGCGCAACGCCAGCUCGUGGCUCGGCGCACACCUGCUCGUCUUCAACACGUGGCAUUGGUGGACCUACAAGGGCGCGAGCCAAGUGUGGGACUACGUGCAGGAUGGGAAUAGCACGUACCGGGACAUGGACCGAGUGACGGCCUUCUCCAAGGGCCUCUCCACAUGGGCGCGGUGGGUCGACGCCAACAUCGACGCGUCGCGCACCAGGGUAUUCUUCCAGGGCAUCUCCCCGAGCCACUACAUGUCGAAGCAGCAGGAGAGCGAAGAAGGUGCAGCAGCGGUCGUGCCAGCAGCAGGCGGCAGCUGUUUGAAGCAGACGCGGCCGUUGCAGGAGGCCACGGACCCGCCGAGCCCGCUCCCGGAGCAGACCGUCGUGCGGGGCGUGAUCGGCGCAAUGACGGCGCCUGUGUCGCUGCUGGACAUCACCGCGCUAUCGCAGCUCAGGAUCGACGCGCACCCGUCCGUGUACGGCGGGCCGGGGAGGGACGGCAUGGACUGCACGCACUGGUGCAUCGCCGGGCUCCCGGACGCGUGGAACCAGAUCAUGUACGCGAUGCUCCUGCAGCAGAGAUGACCGAGGGGGCUGCCGGGCUGCAUUAUAUUUUCUGGAUGUACGUGUUGCGGUUGAUGGUGAAUUUCUGAUUUAAAUUUGUAAGCCUCUCAGCAUUUAGGUCCAGUCUUUCUGUUUAAUUUCUCUAGCUAGAAUGAUUAAAAUGGAACCUGCCACUGCAAAUUGCAGUAUGAUGAUAUAUAGGCUGAUGGAUUGUUCUU